ACUAGUGGUGAUUUUGCAACUAAGUCAUGGCUCUUCAUCUCCAUAUCCUGCCUACUGCUUGCUUUUCCAAAGGCUUGACUCCUUACAGAAGUGUCCCAAUAAAACCUCUCAGCCAUCAUUGCAUGAGUUUAAGCAUCCGAUCCCACGUAAACUCUCCUUCAUUUGAUCCAAUAACUGAAAGGAGAUCUGCAAACUACCAGCCCAGUAUCUGGGGCUUCGAUUUUCUGCAAUCUUUAAAGAGUGAUUACACUGGAGAGGCCUACAAGGACAAGACCAAGAAAUUGGAAGAUGAAGUAAAGCAUAAACUUGAUGAUAGAGCCAUGGGGCAUCUUUGUCAGCUUGAGCUGAUUGAUGACAUUGAAAGGCUUGGGUUAAGCUACCUCUUUGAGGAGGAGAUCAAGAAAGCCUUGGACACCAUAGCAUGCAUGAAAGAUAUGGAUACUAGAACUGAGGAGAGUCUUCAUGCUACCGCUCUUCAAUUUAGGCUCCUUAGACAACAUGGAUAUGAAAUCAGCCAAGGUGUGUUUAAUCACUUGAAAGAUGAGGCAGGGAAUUUCAUAGCAAGUUCUUUAGAUGAUGUAAAGGGAGUUCUAAGUUUGUAUGAAGCUUCUCACUUGGCUGUAGAAGGUGAAAAUAUAUUGGACGAGGCCAGAGACUUCACAAGGACAGUUUUGGAGGGGAUCAAGUGUGAUAUGGAACCAGGGCUUGCAAAAUUAGUGAUUCAUGCUUUGGAGCAUCCUCUCCACUGGAGGAUGCAUUGGUUAGAAGCUAGGUGGUACAUUGACAUCUAUGGGGAAAAGGAGAACUCAAUUCCUGCUUUAAUUGAACUAGCAAAGUUAAAUUUCAACAUUGUCCAAGCUGUACACCAGAAAGAUCUAGCUGAAUUGUCAAGGUGGUGGGAACAUUUGGGCCUUGGAGAAAACUUGGGUUUCGUCAGAGAUGAUAUGGUCCAACGGUUUUUAUGGGCAUUGGGAAUGAACCCUGAACCUCAUUUAAGUAAUUUUAGGAUUGAACUUACAAAGGUUCUUGCUCUAAUAACAACGAUCGAUGAUGUUUAUGAUGUUUAUGGAUCUUUGGAAGAACUCGAGCUUUUUACUGAUGCGGUGGAGAGAUGGGAUAUUGAGGCCGUGGAACAACUUCCAGACUAUAUGAAGAUAUGCUUCUUGGCUCUUUUCAACACUGUUAAUGAAAUGGCCUAUGUUCAACUCAAGGAAACCGGAUUUAACAGCUUACAUUUCCUAAAGAAAGAGUGGGUUGAUUUAUGCAAAGCAUACUUGAUAGAGGCAAAGUGGUAUUACAACAAUCACAGAACAACUCUUGAGGAGUGCCUAAACAAUGCAAUUACUACAAUAUCAGUAAAAGUCAUACUUAUUCAUGCAUUUUUCUCUUUGCGACAAACUUUUCGAAAGGAGGCUUUAUAUUGCUUUUCACAAUAUCCAAGUCUCUUAACUUGGCCAUCGAUGAUUGUUCGACUUGCUAAUGAUCUUGGUACUUCAAAGGAUGAAUUGGAGAGGGGUGACGUCUUAAAAUCAAUCCAGUCUUACAUGCAUCAAACUGGCGCUUCAGAAGAUGUGGCUCGUGAACAUAUAAGGCACAUGAUUGAUGAAACGUGGAAGAAGUUAAAUAAGGAAGUAAUCAUCAGUGAUGAAUCUUUAUUGCCCCAACAUUUUAUUAGAACCACCGUAAACCUUGUUCGAAUAUCUCUGUUUAUAUAUCAAUAUGGAGAUGGCCAUGCUACAAUAGACAACGAGAGCAAGAACCAAAUAACAUCCUUGUUUUUUGAACCUAUUCCGUUGGUGGUCACUUAAGGGCCAGUAGGUAGAAGCAGGUGUGCCUAGAGUUGAACUCUCCUACUUCAUUAGAUCAAUCUUUCCUAAAAUAAUAAAAAGUUUAUUGUUAAAGAUGACUGAAAUGUUUUAGAACCGAAUAAAAGGUGAAUGUUUUCCUUCCUCGAGGGAGGUAGUAGAAUCUCAUCAGAAACUUGUUUCCCGUCUUCUUGGAUCAGAAUCAUUAGAGUUAUGAUAUUGAAAUAAAAUCCCAUGUGUGAGAUCUUUGUA